CGGGGGGGGCGGCGGGCGCGGCAUGGCGGGCGCGGGGCGGCGGUGAGGCGGGCGCGCGGCGCGGCGGGGCGGGCGCCAUGUCGCCGGUCUGGUCGGUGGGCGCGGGGCUCCUGCUGCUGCUGCUCUGGGUGCGGCACCGCGGGCUGGAGGCCGUGCUGGUGCACCACCGCUGGGUCUUCGUCUGCCUCUUCCUCCUGCCGCUCUCCAUCCUCUUCGACGUCUACUACCAGCUGCGCGCCCGGGCCGUCCGGCUCCUGCACAGCGCCCCGCGGCAGCACGGCCAGCGCGUCCGGCACAUCCAGGCGCAGGUUCGGCAAUGGAAAAAGGAAGGCAGCAAAAGAUACAUGUGCACUGGCCGUCCUGGCUGGCUGACUGUAUCACUUCGUGUUGGGAAGUAUAAGAAGAUUCAUAAGAACAUCAUGAUCAACCUCAUGGAUGUCCUGGAAGUAGACAGUGAAAGACAGGUGGUUCGUGUGGAACCUUUGGUUACCAUGGGCCAGUUGACUGCACACCUGAAUCCCAUGGGCUGGACUAUUCCUGUGGUACCAGAGCUUGAUGAUCUCACUGUAGGUGGCCUGAUCAUGGGAACUGGCAUUGAGUCUUCAUCCCACAUCUAUGGGCUUUUCCAACACACCUGCGUGGCCUAUGAACUUGUUCUUGCUGAUGGAAGCCUUGUGAGAUGUUCACCAACUGAAAAUUCAGACCUAUUUUAUGCAGUGCCUUGGUCUUGUGGUACUCUGGGUUUCCUGGUUGCAGCAGAAAUAAAAAUGAUUCCUGCCAAGAAAUAUGUCAGAAUAUAUUAUGAGCCUGUGAGAGGACUGCAGAAGAUUUGUGAAAAGUUUACUGAAGAAUCUAAGAAAAAAGAGAAUAGCUUUGUGGAAGGACUUGUGUAUUCUUUGGAAGAAGCAGUCAUCAUGACAGGAGUCUUGACUGAUGAAGCUGAGCAAAGCAAGAUAAACAGAAUUGGCAACUACUACAAGCCGUGGUUCUUUAAGCAUGUGGAGAAGUAUUUGAAAGAUGACAGGACUGGAAUAGAAUACAUUCCCUCAAGACAUUAUUACCACAGACAUACACGCAGUAUCUUCUGGGAGCUCCAAGAUAUCAUUCCUUUCGGCAAUAACCCUGUUUUCCGUUACCUCUUUGGCUGGAUGGUUCCUCCAAAAAUCUCUUUGUUAAAACUCACCCAAGGAGAAGCUAUUCGGAAGCUGUAUGAGCAGCACCAUGUUGUUCAGGACAUGUUGGUGCCAAUGAAGAGCCUUGAAAAAUCUAUCCAGACCUUCCACGUUGACCUUAACGUGUACCCUCUUUGGUUAUGUCCUUUCAUAUUGCCCAAUAAUCCUGGUAUGGUUCAUCCAAAAGGGGAUGAAGCAGAACUCUACGUGGAUAUAGGAGCUUAUGGAGAACCUAAAAGUAAACAAUUUGAAGCCAGGGCUUCGAUGAGGCAAAUGGAAAAGUUUGUAAGAAGUGUGCAUGGUUUCCAGAUGCUGUAUGCAGAUUGCUACAUGACCCGUGAGGAGUUCUGGGAUAUGUUUGAUGGUUCAUUAUACCACAAGCUGAGGGAGCAAAUGAAUUGCAAGGAUGCCUUUCCAGAAGUGUAUGAUAAAAUCUGCAAAGCUGCCAGGCACUGAGCCUGGAUGAUCUAAUGAUCUAAGCAAUCAGGGAAAAAUGAAAUUACCUAUAGCUAGUCAGUAUGUCCUUUUAAAAAAAAAAAAAAAAGAAGCUUUAUUGCUUUCCAAAUAAGCUUAUUCUUGCUGAUGUUUAAAGGUAUGAAUUCCUGCUUUAUGAAUUUAUGUUUAGUAUUUCUUUGUAUGUUUUAAAAACCAUUUUCCAAAUUCAAAGUGAUUGUUUUUAAGAAAUCUUAGUACUAGCCUUUGUAUGUAAUGUUGUGACAUGGGUGAAUCUGCCUGUUUCCAAGCAUAAGAAAAUAAUGGGAAAGGAAGAAGAUACUGGAGUCACACCAGCUGUGUAUUAGAGCUAUAUUUAACAUUACUUUUGGCAAUUGGAAGGAGGGCUUAGGAGUAGGUGCCAAAGUUGAAUGUUUGGUCAAAUUAAUCAUAAUGUUAAAACCAUUUACCUCCAGUGGUAACCCUGUAGGACAGCUUAGUGCUGGUCCCACAGCCUAGUGGUGGUGCAGUGUGGCCCUCUGCUGCUGGGGUGGUCCCCUGCUGAAAUCCACACGGGGCACUUCAACCCCCUGACAGGGGCUUCAGCUUCCCAAGUGAGCCUGGAGGUGGGAAGGAAAUGCUUUUUGCUUGUGCCUAUUGGAUUUGGACUGAUUUUGAUUAUAAAGUGUGAGUGGAUGUAGGUUUUAGGUACUUUUUAAUUGGUUAACAGUGCAUUGGGUUUUGCCCCCAAAUAUCAAAUGUUCUGGCUUCACAGACAGCUGAAGAAAAAAUGCUGCUAGUUCACACAGGCAAUUAUUAAUUUCAGUUUGUACUCAGAGUGGCUCCAUUUAUUUAAAUUUUAUUUUGUUGUUUGGGGAGGAGUGUUGAUCUUUGGUUGUUGGUUAAUUUUAGUGCCUUAUAAGUACUCAGUUGGAGGAGGAUGUGCUUUAUUUCAUACCAUUCUGUCUGGCCAGUAGGAAAAUAAAGUCAAGGCUUUAUUUAUAACGAGGUUUGUUAGAGCUGUGGAUAAGAACUCUUGUUGUGAAUCUUGAUACAGGCUUUGGUUCUGACUUGAGUGCCAUUUUUGCUUUUCAUUUUAGCUGGAUUAGGUUGAUAGGCUUUGUAAAAGGAUUGUUACAGUCACCUGCAGAGGAAACCAACAGCAAGUGCUGUUCAGUUCCCCUUCUGCCACUUGCUGCUGAGAACUGCACUGUCACACUCAAGUGACAAGUGUGGAAAUGUUUUGACCCUGUAGCCAGAAACAUGGUUCCAAAUCAAGCUCAUCUCUUGUCCAAGCUGUACUUUAAAUUGUUAAUUAAAACCUUACUGAGCUUGAGAGAAAGUAAUUUUCUUGGGGCUUGUGACUGGGGGUAACAUGAAGAGCUUUUUGAACAGUUCCCAGUGCGAGGCAAUGUCCUUUUUGUGAGUGCUAAACCAAUGAUUUUAUUUAUUGAUAGAUGGAUAUUUAUGGUCCAGAUGAAACCAAUGAUAAAGCAGUAACAAAAAUAAGUCUGCCCUGUUACUCAGUGAUGCAUGCUGGGCAAAUGGUGUGCAGAUAAGGUACUCCCUAGAGCCCCAUGCAGGGGCAGCCUGUGAGGGGAGACACAGCCAAUGCAGAACACCUGCAGUGCUGCCCGGGCUACAGGGCUGUGUCAGUGAUCCAGGAGUGUCUGCUACACUGUUCCAGGCUUUGGGGAACACCAGAAGGCAAACACGUUCUCAGGGUGUAACCUGCCUUCCUGCCCCUGCCAAGGAAGCAGCACAGGAGCUGUUUCCUUGUUGCUGGCACAAAGCUACAGUUUAGCCCAGUGCUUGUAAAAUUAUCUGCACAGAGCAGGAAGGGGGUUGGUUAGCUUUUAAAGGGCAACGUUGAUACAGCUAGAGGAUAUGCAAAUACUUAGGCUGUGUUUCUCUCACGUAGGCUGUGUUUCUCUCACUUAUGUACUGGUGAUCUUUAGGUAUGCACUGUAUUUGGUUUUUUCGCUCCUUAAUUUAUUGGCAAACCUUGUAUGAUGUGAUUGGGUACUGUAACUGUAUCAGUCACACACAUGCACACACAUAAUUGCUGUUGCUCUUAAUUUUUGGUUGUACGGGCUGUUUAAAAUAAAGAUCUAGCCAGCGUACUGUUCAAA